AUGUGGCAAGAAUUUAAACUCGAGCACACGCCUGAAAUACUCUUCGACAUCAUGGCUUUCUGUAAAUUGCCUAACAUUGAUUCAACUCACUGGCACAUUUGCGGUGGCGCCAUUAUUUCCGACACCUGGAUCCUGACCGCUGCUCACUGCAUAGUCUACCCCAGUUCCUGGUUCACCAUCCGUGCUGGAUCCACCAACUCCAACAGCGGCGGUAGCGUAACCUCCGUUUCCUCCAUCAUCAGCCAUAGCGACUACGCAUCAAACAGCUAUGGAAUCCCGAUCAACGACAUUGCUCUGAUGAAAUUGGAGUCAGCUCUCACCCUGGACUCAACCCGCGCCGCCAUUACUUUGUACGAUCAGGACCAGGAAGCCGAAGUUGGUGCUACCGCCGUCAUCACCGGAUGGGGCACCACCACCGAGGGAGGCAGCGCUUCCACCGUCCUCCAGAUCGUCGAGGUCCCAAUUAUCUCCAAGGCUGACUGCAGCAGUGCCUACAGCGUCUACGGAGGAAUUCCCGACGGUCAAAUCUGCGCCGCUUACACUGACGGAGGCAAGGAUGCUUGCCAGGGUGACUCUGGCGGUCCUCUUGCGAUCGAUGAUGUACUUGCUGGUGUCGUUUCCUGGGGUAACGGAUGCGCCCGAGCUGGAUGGCCCGGUGCUUACACCGAAGUCGCUUACUACCGCGACUGGAUCAGCGAGAACUCUGGAGUCUAAGAAGCAGACUAUCAACUGCACCUGGCCAGCCUUCCGAUUGAUUACGAAGUUUCAUUUCAUUCCCGAUGUUGUAAUACCAAUAAAAAUAUAGCAGA